AAUGGAAUAGAUGAAUUCAAAAGAAAUAUAGUAAAUUUAAUUUCAAUAUGAUAAGUGGGGAUAAACAGCAAGACAAGUGGCUUUCAAAUUAUAAUAUCGUGAUAUAUUAAAGGUAAUAUUAUAGUAGAUUAUAAAGAUGCUUACUUAUGAUUAGAAUUAAUGAUUAUAGAUUUAUAUUCAUUUAUAUAAUUAAUUAAUUAGCAUAAAUGGUAAGGAUUCACAUUCCAUAUAUUUUAGGCUUCUCUUCUUAAUAUGGUUUAGGGAUAACCUAUAAUAGAAGUCAACUUAGAUGGAAUUGAAACACGUAAACAUACAAGAUUUCAAGAUAAGUAAUUAGGUGCUUUAAGAUUACCUGUUUAUUCUGUAUAGAUAUUAAUAUUAUUAUAUAGGGUGAUGAUGAUAUUUCAGGCGUAAUUGAAGUUAAAAUGAAUAAAUAAAAGAAAAUUGAACAUUUAGGUAUUAGAGUUGAACUUAUUGGACGUAUCGGUAAAUAUUUUGCAUUUAUUAAUUCAAGAAAUUCUAAAUGAUCAAAAAUAAAGUUCAGAUUUUAUGUCUAUGUCGAGAGAAUUAGAACCGUAAGGAAUUCUAUUUGAAGACAAAACAUAUAAAUUUUAAUUUCAGAAGUUUGAAAAACAAAAUGAAAGUUAUUAUGGAAACACAGUCAGAUUGAGAUAUUACCUUAAAGUUUAUAUGAAUCGAAAUUAUGGAAAAGUAUAAAAAGAAGUUGAUUUUGCAGUUUUAAUCCCACAACCUGAACUUGAAGAUUAACCAUAAACUUCAUUGAAAUUAGAAGUACUAAUUAUCAUUCAAUCUAUAGGUUGGUAUUGAAGAAUGUUUACAUAUUGACUUUGAGUAUUUCAAAAGCAGAUAUCAUUUAAGAGAUGUAGUAACUGGGAAAGUGAAUUUCUAUUUGGUAAAAAUAAAAAUCAAAUACAUGGAAUUGGCAGUGAUUAGAAAAGAAUAAUAUGGUUAAGGACCUCAAUAACAAACUGAUAAUGAAACACUUGUAAAAUAUGAAUUGAUGGAUGGUUGUCCUUAAAAAGGAGAAGUUAUCCCAAUCAGAUUAUAUUUAAGUGGUGUUGAUAUUACUCCAUCAGUAAAAAAUGUAAAUGGUAAAUUCAGUGUUAAAUACAUUCUUAAUCUUAUUUUGGUUGAUGAAGAUGAUAGAAGGUAUUUUAAAUAAUAAGAAAUUACAAUAUACAGAAAGAAAUGAUCAACUUAUAUCAUCAAAUAUAAAAAGAAUUUCUAAGAG